GUUCUAGCAGCCCAAGACAAUCAGAGCAACAACUCCGUAACCGAUACAUGCAUUAUCUGCACACGCCAAGACGUCGAGGAAGACAGCCGUAUGCUGACAAUGUCAGCUAUCAACUUACCGUAUUGUUUUUCGAGUCAUAUGGAUCAAGAGACCGGAAACCCACAAAGGAAGAACGACGCGCCAUCAUAAACAAGACGGGCAUCAGUUCGCGACAAUUGACCUAUUGGCUCUCGAAUCAUAAGCGUCGAUAUGAAACCCAGCUUGAAGAAUACAAGCGACUCACUCAAGCGGGCCUGAUCGAUAGUUAUGAUGCGUUCGUCGAAUAUUGUAGUUUGCACAACAGACCCUUGUUGCCUCAAGAACCAGAGGAAAGCUUUGAUGAGCUUGAACAAGAGCAGCAAGACGACGAUUUUGGCAGCCACCGUGACGACUACAAAAUUGACAAGAGCAACAGCCAUAACAAGAAUAGUGAUGAUAGCAGCAUGAUAGAUGACGACAGCACCAAUGCUGCUGGAGAAGUCGUAGUUUUAAGCUUUCAAAACCAUUAAACAGCAGUAGUAACAGUGAUAAUGACAAUUGAUGUAUAACUAGAGAAACCCCUAAAUCGU